AAUCAUCUAAGAACAACAGAUGACGAAUCUGGUGGACAUACCGAUGAUGAGAAAUCAUCUAAGAACAACAGAUGACGAAUCUGGUGGACAUACCGAUGAUGAGGUGCAUGCCUAUUUAUUUUAAUAUUUUGAUCUUAUUCGUUUUUUAAUCUGAUCAUCUAGAAGAAUACAAUAAUCGUGAGGGGUAAUUUUUUGUUUUUUCUUGUACUCAAGACAUUUUGAGGCUGCAAUGUCUCACACCUUAGUAGUGGGAAUGUUUAUACAGGAUGGGAUUGUGGUCGGCACUGAUUCCACACUCACGGCGGUGAUUAAUGGAAUACUCUUAAUAUUGCGUGGAAAUCCAGCUCUCAAGUUGAUGCAUCAUAGAGGAUUCACAAGUGCUGUUAGUGGAUGUAUCAGAAUUUAUACAAACAUAGAUGAAAAACUAAUAAGCUGUUCAUUUUACUUCGUAUAUAUUGUCUUUAAUUUAUUAUUUAUCCUUUGAAAUUUUGCUUAAUUAUUUUUUUUGUAUUGUUAAAAUAUAGUGCCUUGAGUAUGCGAAUCUAUUCCCAAGAAUGACAAGAAUUUAUGUGAAUAGAGUUGUUUCUUGAGCGGUGAAAGUCAUUGGGAGCUUAGAUCCUUGUUUUUUGAGUUGCACAGAUAUAUCAUUUCGAUUUUUUCUUUUUUUAUGUUUUUGAAGGAAGAUUCAAGCUUCGAAUGACUUCCGCUGCCCAAGGAAAAGCUCUAUUCACAUUAAUUCUCGUCCUACUUAGGAAUUGAUUCGCAUACUCAUGACAAUAUGUUUUAACAAUACACGAAAAAUUAAUUAAGUAAAAUUUUAAAUAAUUAAUAAUAAAUUAAAGGCCAUAUACGAAUUAAUAAAUAGCUUAUUAGUUUUUCUUCUAUGUUUCUAUGAAUUUCGACACAUCCUUGAUACCACUAUCCACUAACAGCAUUUGCAAAUCCUCUGUGAUGCAGUAACUUGAGAGCUGGAUUUCCCCGUAAUAGUUCCACUAAGCACCCCUGUGAGUCUUGAAUCAGUGCCGACAACAAUUCGUCCUGUAUAAACAUUCCCACUAUUGAAGUGUGAGACAUUGCAAUCCUGAAAUGCUCUUAAGUACAAGAAAAAACAGAAAUUACAACCGCUCACCAUUGACCACAUUCGUUUUUCAUUGGACCAAGUGUGUGUGUGUGAUUAAGGCAGGGCUUGACCACGUUCUUUUUCAUUUGACCAAGUGUGUGUGUGUGUGUAAGGCAGGGCGCUUGUUUUCUUUUUCUUUCCCUCAUCUUAUCCAUCAUCUUCUUAUCUUUCCUUCUAAUCACAAAGGGGAAUUGUUUGUUUAGAAAUCAUCUAAGAACAACAGAUGACGAAUCUGGUGGACAUACCGAUGAUGAGGUGCAUGCCUAUUUAUUUUAAUAUUUUGAUCUUAUUCGUUUUUUAAUCUGAUCAUCUAGAAGAAUACAAUAAUCGUGAGGGGUAAUUUUUUGGUUUUUCUUGUACUCAAGAGCAUUUUGAGGCUGCAAUGUCUCACACCUCAAUAGUGGGAAUGUUUAUAGACAAUGGGAUUGUGGUCGGCACUGAUUCCACACUCACGGCGAUGAUUAAUGGAAUACUCUUAAUAUUACGUGGAAAUCCAGCUCUCAAGUUGAUGCAUCAUAGAGGAUUCACAAGUGCUGUUAGUGGAUGAUGAAUGACAAGAAUUUAUGUGAAUAGAGUUGUUCCUUGGGCGGUGAAAGUCAUUGGGAGCUUGGAUCCUUGUUCUUUGAGUGGCACAGAUAUAUCAUUUCUAUUUUUUCUUUUUUUAUGUUUUUGAAUGAAGAUCCAAGCUUCGAAUGACUUCCGCUACCCAAGGAACAGCUCUAUACACAUUAAUUCUCGUCCUACUUUGGAAUUGAUUCGCAUACUCAUGACAAUAUGUUUUAACAAUACACGAAAAAAUAAUUAAGUAAAGUUUUAAAUAAUUAAUAAUAAAUUAAAGGCCAUAUACGAAGUAAUAAAUAGUUUAUUACUUUUUCUUCUAUGUUUCUAUGAAUUUCGACACAUCCUUGAUACCACCAUCUAUUAACAGCACUUGCAAAUCCUCUGUGAUGCAGCAACUUGAGAGCUUGAUUUCCACGUAAUAGUUCCACUAAUCACCCCGUGAGUCUUGAAUCAGUGCCGACAACAAUUCAUCUUGUAUAAACAUUCUCACUAUUGAGGUGUGAGACAUUGCAAUCCUAAAAUGUUCUUAACAUUCCCACUAAUCACCCCCGUGUGUGUGUGUGUGUGCGCGUGCACGCGUGCAGGCGGGCGAGUGUGCGUGCGUGCGUGCGACCUCCGUAGCAGGACAAUUGAAAAGGUGGAUCGUACUACAUCAUGAAUGCUUGAAUCACAGCAUUAUAAUUUUGUAUGUGUUAGGAUCGUACUACCUCUCUUGGUUUUAUGUGUAGAGAUGGGAUCAUAUUAGCUUCUUGCUCUCCCAAGAGCACUAGAACAAGUAUGUAUGCUUCUAAUCCUUACUCAUUAUAUUGUUGAAAAUUAUUUAUAAUUUCCCUCCAUUGCAAAAUAAGUCCUCUCAUUGAAAUUUCCUUGUUUUAAAGGAAAGUAGAACCUUAUAUUGGGAUAGAUAACAAAUGAAACGUGGAACAUUUUAAGGGCAGACAUUUUUCUACCACUAUAUGUAUUCUCAGCAUCAAACUUUGUGGAAAUUCGUCCAUAUAUGCUUUGCACAAGGGUCGGUGAUCCUGUAGACAAACUCUUCUGGAAACAGGUGAAAUAUGCAGUCCUACAUCACGCUAGCCAUUUUCCCCUGAAAAUUAUCAUUCACAAGGUUAUCUUUGUUGUAGUGAUGCCUAUAUGAGAGAAAACAUAAAGAAAGAAUGAUGCCAGUGAACCUCCUAGCUGCACUCCUCUUUCAAGACAUGAUGAAACAAUUCUAUGGUCUGAUUAAGCAAUCACAUCAUCCUUUUCAAGAUCCAGAUAUUUUCUUUGUUGACCAUGAAUACGGACCCGUGAACUGUAAUUUUUCUUUUGGAUCUAAGGCAGGGCUUGGAUUACUUUCAAUGAUAGACGGGUUGGUUAACCUUUUUUUGCAGAGCUGAUAUACAUUGAUCCAUAAGUUGUAUUAAUGUUAUCCUUGCUUCACUAGGAAAUCCACCACUAUGACAGCUAAGGAAGCAGUAUCAUUUGGCAGAUGGGCAAUUCGGCGAGCCGCAUUUCAAGAUGGGAUUUUAGACGGAGUUGCUUAGGGUAUUUCAUCAUUUUCCUCAUCUGGUUUUGAUAUGUGAAUUCCGAAACCUUUCUCUGCCAUGUCAAACAUAACUUUUACAAGAGUCAGGUAUGACAUUUUCUGAUAAUAUUACAUUAACAUUGGACCUAACACCAGGUCUGAAAUUGUUCACUCAAGAUAAAUAUUAGGAUUGAUAUGCAUAACCUCUAUUUUGUUUUUUCCAUCAUCUCCGACGGGGCCAAAUCUCUAUGUUUUAAACAUAUGGGUCAAAUGUUUUUUCCAUUUUGAAGGUGUGACUGCCACCUCAUCAAACCAAACUUUGCCAUCCUUGCAUUAUUUAAUGCACCUCACAUGCUCUCAAUCUCGUGCACCUUAGCUAGCAAAAAUAUUCUCUUCUCUCCUCUCUUUUGACAGUCCUUAUAGAGGUUGUCAAAAAGCUGCAUACUUAGAUGCCAAAACUAUCAAUUUCGCCCUCUUAUGGGCAAUUUUUAUACCCCGCUUGUAAAUACCUCAUAAUCUCCCAACCCGACAUUCCAUGAGCUCCUUAUAAGCUGCUUUCUUGUCUUCUUUUCCUUGAACUACACUAUUCCGACGGCAGUAUGCACAUAAAUUCAGUAUGGUACAAGCCACCUUAUUCUUUCUAUUAUAAAUAUGAAUUCUUCAGCUUUUGCAUUUGAACUAGGGACAAAUGUGUUCAGCUUUGCUGACCUAUAUUAUGGCUUUCAUGUGAUUCUAGUUUAUUAUGUUGGCCCUCAUGGAUGGGAGCCAAUGUUGUAUGAUGAUGUUUUGAAUGCUGGCCUCUACAAUCCUAUCUCGGUGCACUCAGUAGAUCAAGAAGAGCCAACAAAUGAAGACAGAGAAUGGAUGGAUCGUUUACAAAGUCUUGAAAAGUAUCAAAAACAAGUUCUUCCAUCUGUAUAAAAGCAGUAGUCAUUGCAGUACACAGAUAUGAGGCAAAGGUUUGCAUUGAUGCUUAACAGACGUUUUCGCAGUGUGAACUCUAUUAUAUGUAUACUAUCUCAAAGACGUUAAUUAGAGCACUUGUUCACUGCUGGUAAAUCGUAGCAGGUUUCUGGUAUUGCUAUUGAAUUGUCUGUUGAUGGCCACCAACGACCUAGGAUUUUUUGUUGGGC